AUGCCAGAACUUAUUAAUGCAAAUCCAACAAUUUAUAUUCCUUCAAAAACUUCUCAUAGAAUCAUAACAGCUAAAGAUGAAGACGAAAAUAUUGAAGAUAUAAUAGAUUCUCAGGAAGUAUUCGAAUUAAACGUGACACAACUUGAGCACGUCUCAGUCGACGAUGAUAAGGAUCGUGUUAUAAUAGAAUUUACCCCUACUAUACCACAUUGUUCUAUGGCUACUCUCAUUGGUUUAUGUAUACGAGUUAGAUUACUUCGUUCCUUACCUGAACGUUUUAAAGUUGAUAUCAACGUCAGAAAAGGAACUCAUCAAUCUGAACAAGCAGUUAACAAACAAUUGAACGAUAAAGAACGUGUUGCCGCUGCUCUUGAAAAUGCUCAUUUACUUGAAGUUGUAAAUCAAUGUUUGACCACCGCUAAUUCUCGUAGUAUCAAAUAA